UAGCAAUAUAUAGCUUUUCUACUCAAUCUCCCUCACUCACUCUCUAUAGUUAAGAUGACAACUAUGCUAGCCUUGCUCCUUCUCUUCCUCUCUCUACCACCGCUCAUUCUCUCACUGAAACAAGAAGUUCUCUUCCUCCAUCAAGUGAAGCUCCGCCUAUCCGACCCCAACGGUGUCCUCUCCAACUGGAACGACCAGGACGACACCCCAUGCAACUGGACCUCCGUCACCUGCGACCCACUCACCUCCUCCGUCAUCUCCGUCGACCUUUCCAACUCCAGCCUCUCCGGUCCCUUCCCCAUCUUCCUCUGCCGCCUCUCUUCUCUCUCUUCCCUCUCUCUCUACAACAACAACAUCAACUACUCUCUCCCUCUCACCAUAUCUACCUGUCGCAACCUCACUACCCUCAACUUGGCCCAGAACCUCCUCACGGGUCUUAUUCCAUACACUUUCUCUCUUAUUCCCAACCUCAGAUACCUCAACCUCGCAGGAAACAGCAUCUCCGGCGAUAUUCCGGCAACUCUUGGGCUCUUCCGCCGACUCGAGACUCUCAUUCUUGUCAACAACCUUCUCGACGGCACAAUCCCUGCGGCUCUUAGCAACAUAACGACUCUCAAAUCGCUUCAACUCGCUUAUAACCCGUUUACGCCGAGUCGACUUGUUCCGGAACUCGGGAACCUUUCGAGUUUGGAGUAUCUCUGGCUUAGUCACUGCAAUUUCGUGGGUUCGAUUCCUCCGAAUUUUGGUAGGCUGAGUCGACUCACGAAUCUCGACGUGUCGAGUAACAUGCUUAGUGGGUCGAUACCGAGUGUGAUAUUCGAACUGAAAUCUAUAGUGCAAAUUGAGCUGUUCAACAACUCGUUUUCCGGUGAAUUGCCAUUGGGGUGGUCUAACCUGACUGCUUUGCGACGAUUCGACGCGUCGUUGAACGGGUUGGUUGGGACCAUUCCUGACGAGUUAUGCAAGUUACCGCUCGAGUCUCUGAACCUGUGCGACAACCAACUCGUGGGUUUGCUGCCAGAGAACAUAACUGGGUCCCCAAAUUUGUACGAUCUCAGAGUGUUCAACAAUCGGCUUUAUGGGUCGUUGCCGAGUGAAUUAGGCAAGAACUCGCCGUUACAAACUAUUGACGUAUCGGGAAACCAGUUUUCGGGUGAAAUACCGGCCAGUCUAUGCGAGAAGGGGGUCUUGGAACACCUUGCCUUGAUAAACAACUUGUUUUCGGGGACAAUUCCUGAUGUUCUUGGAAAAUGUAGGACUUUGAACCGGGUUCGAUUGAGGGGUAAUCGCUUUUCUGGUGAAGUUCCGGCCGAGUUUUGGGGUUUACCACAUGUUAAUUUACUUGAUCUAGGUGAGAAUUUGUUUUACGGGAAUAUAUCACACAUGAUAUCUGGUGCAUCAAAUCUUUCAGUUCUGUUCAUUUCCAAAAAUCGGUUUUCAGGGACCAUACCUAAAGAAAUCGGAUCUUUAGGCAAUUUAGUUGAAUUUUCUGGUAGUGAUAAUGAGCUUUCAGGGCAAAUCCCACCAACAAUUGUCAAUUUGGGUCAGUUAGGAACACUUGAUCUUCAUAAAAACGAACUUUCUGGGGAAAUUCCUGUAGGAAUUCAAUCUUUGAAGCAGCUCAAUGAGCUUAAUUUAGCAAAUAAUAGGUUAUCUGGUAAAAUCCCAGAUGAAAUUGGGAGUUUACCGAUGCUUAAUUAUCUUGAUCUUUCCCAGAAUCAUUUUUCUGGGAAAAUCCCACUUGACUUGCAGAAUUUGAAGCUCAAUAUGCUAAAUUUAUCCUACAAUGAUCUCUCUGGCAACAUUCCCCCGCUCUAUGCCAAGGAUUUUUAUAGGGAUAGCUUUUUGGGCAAUCUGGGCUUAUGUGGUGAUCUUCCUGGUAUUUGCAUUCGAAAAACUGAAGCUAAGAAUCAUACUUAUUUGUGGAUACUUGGAUCAAUUUUUACACUUGCUGGCAUGGUUUUUGUUGUUGGUAUUGUUUGGUUUGUGUGCAAGUUUUGGAAUUUCAGGAAAACAAAGAAAGGGAUAUCCAUGUUGAAGUGGAGAUCAUUUCAUAAAUUGGGUUUUAGUGAAAGCGAAAUCCUCGAUUGCCUUAAUGAAGAUGAUGUUAUUGGAAGUGGAGCUUCUGGGAAAGUCUACAAGGUUGAGCUUGGUAACGGUGAGUUAGUAGCAGUGAAGAAGCUAAACGAAAGAUCAAAAAAAAAUUAUGAAAGCUUUGCCAGUGUUGAUUCACAGAGCUUUGCCACUGUUGAUUCACAGAAAGAUGCAUUUGAGGCUGAAGUCGAGACAUUGGGAAGAAUUAGGCACAAGAAUAUUGUGAGGUUAUUGUGUUGUUGCAAUACAGAGGACUGCAAACUUUUGGUGUACGAGUACAUGCCAAAUGGGAGCUUGGGGGAUUUUUUGCAUAUUGGCAAGUGUGGUUUGUUGGAUUGGCCUACAAGAUUUAAGAUAGCUUUGGAUGCUGCCGAGGGGCUUUCUUAUUUGCAUCAUGACUGUGUUCCUUCCAUUGUCCAUAGGGAUAUUAAGUCGAAUAAUAUCUUGUUAGAUGCAGAAUUUGGAGCUAGAAUUUCUGAUUUUGGAGUCGCUAAAAUUAUCAAUACGGUCAACAAGGGGGCAGAACCCAUGUCUGCAAUUGCCGGUUCUUGUGGUUACAUUGCACCAGAAUAUGCAUACACUCUUCGAGUGAAUGAAAAGAGCGACAUUUAUAGCUUUGGGGUGGUCAUCCUAGAGCUAUUGACUGGUAAAAAACCCAUUGAUCCGGAGUUUGGGGAGAAGGACCUAGUGACAUGGGUGCGCAACAGUUUGGACCCGAAAGGAGUUGAACAUGUGCUUGAUCCCAAUCUCGGUUCUUCUUUCAAGGAGCAAAUUAGCAGGGUUCUUGACAUCGGCCUCCUCUGUGUUAGCCCACUUCCCAUUAACCGUCCUUCGAUGCGUAAGGUGGUGAAAAUGCUACAAGAGGCAGGGGCAGGGGCAGGUAACAAUCCUAGGAUAGCAAAUAAGGAUGGGAAGCUUUCUCCUUAUUACUAUGAAGAUUGCUCUGAUCAAGGAAGUGUAAUUUGAAGAAUUUAAUUGGAAGUCUUGCCAACAUGUGAGGGAGGAGAGAGGGACUUUCCUAUCUGCAGUCUGAGAAGUGUACCAUCCUCAAGGUGAGGUGGUUUGAGCACCUAGUUGGUUGAUCCUCAACUGGUUGUCAACAAGGCAACAUUUUGUUUAUCUAUUUAUGUUUUUUUUUUUUUUAACUUUAGCAGGAAAAAAUUGUAAAAAUUUGAAGAAAUCCCAAUAUGGGUAAUCUCAUUUUAGAUGUGGCCCCUUUAGAUCAUCAAUGGCUUCACUACUGUUCUGUGAAAUUUCUACAGACAAAAUCAUUGGCAGCAUAUAUGUAAUAUCUUUUUCUAGAUUA